CCCAUUGAAUACAUACACAUACCACAAGUAAAAUGAAAUAUACUUUUAAGUGCCCGUUUUGGUGCCACUGGCCAAAAUUAAAACUCUCCUUCCGUAUGUGAAGUGACUUGAGAUUUCUUUUUUGCUUAAAUGCCUGCCUUCAGGGUACGUGAAAGUGGGAGACCGGUUGGAAAGCUGGGGCUAAGGGGGCUGGGAGCGAGAUGGCUGUGACUGUGAAUCAGAAAGCUGGAUGUGUGAGAGAAAAAUCCUCCUCCAGCCUCGGAGGGGGUGUCUCCCCUAAUACCAGCUCCCUCCCCCCGGGCUCGUGGGGCGGGUCUGGUUUGCUCAGUAGCGGCAGCGGCCGCAGCAGCAGCCCCGGGGCUGAGCGGCGGUGGCCUCCUGGCAGCGCAAGGAAGCGGCGGCUCCAAGAGCGCGAGGCCCUGGGGAGAUCCGGCCAAGGCUGCUGCCGGGAUGGAGGAAGCGUCCAGUGGAGCAGGAGUCACCGGGGACUUAUUUCCUCCCCAGCUCAGCUCCCCUACAGCUUGGCUAGGCCUGCUCCCAGCGCCUGCAAGGUGGAGGAGGCCUGCGCCUCGGGCCUGGCAGCGGCAGCCGGCAAGAGAGGCGGGCACAGCGGGGUAACCGGCGAGCCGCAGCCGCUCUCGAAAACCUACGCUGCCACGGCCGCUCAUUGUCUCUCCCCUUCCACCCGGGGGCAAACAGGAAGCGCGCCGCCUGGCAGACCGACGGACGGGCGCCUGGACCAAUGAGCACAGCCGACGAAGAGCACGGCGGCAAAUGAGGGCCAAGAAGAGGGGCGGGAGUUCCGGGCGGGCUGUCACCCUCUUCCCCCCUUUUGGGCUGGAGGCUCCACCUUUUGUGUUUCCCGCACAGUCAAUCAAAAUAGGAAAAAAAAAUCCCCGGACCGCUCCGGCCGUGUCCGCCGCCGCUUCCCGCAUCCUCUCCCGCCGCCGCCGCCUUCGCUCCUCACCAUGUGUAAGGCGGCGGGGAGCCCCGCCUGAGGUGCCCUAAACACACUAUGACCGCUCCCGAAAAGCCCGUGAAACAAGAGGAAAUGGCUGCCUUGGACGUGGAUAGCGGCGGCGGCGGUGGCGGCGGCGGCGGCCACGGCGAGUAUCUGCAGCAGCAGCAACAGCACGGAAACGGCGCGGUGGCGGCGGCGGCGGCGGCCCAGGACACUCAGCCGUCACCGCUCGCUCUGCUGGCCGCUACCUGCAGCAAGAUAGGGCCGCCAUCGCCGGGCGACGACGAGGAGGAGGCGGCCGCCGCAGCCGGGGCCCCCGCCGCCGCCGGAGCGACAGGUGAUUUGGCUUCUGCACAGUUAGGAGGAGCACCAAACCGAUGGGAGGUUUUGUCAGCCACACCUACAACUAUAAAAGAUGAAGCUGGUAAUCUAGUCCAGAUUCCAAGUGCUGCUGCUUCAAGUGGGCAGUAUGUUCUUCCCCUUCAGAAUUUGCAGAAUCAACAAAUAUUUUCCGUUGCACCAGGAUCAGAUUCAUCAAAUGGUACAGUGUCCAAUGUUCAAUAUCAAGUGAUACCACAGAUCCAGUCAACAGAUGGUCAGCAGGUUCAAAUUGGUUUCACAGGCUCUUCAGAUAAUGGGGGUAUAAAUCAAGAAAGCAGUCAAAUUCAGAUCAUUCCUGGCUCUAAUCAAACCUUACUUGCCUCUGGAACACCUCCUGCUAACAUCCAGAAUCUCAUACCACAGACUGGUCAAGUCCAGGUUCAGGGAGUUGCAAUUGGUGGUUCAUCUUUUCCUGGUCAAACCCAAGUAGUUGCUAAUGUGCCUCUUGGUCUGCCAGGAAAUAUUACGUUUGUACCAAUCAAUAGUGUCGAUCUAGAUUCUUUGGGACUUUCGGGCAGUUCUCAGACAAUGACUGCAGGCAUUAAUGCCGAUGGACAUUUGAUAAACACAGGACAAGCUAUGGAUAGUUCAGACAAUUCAGAAAGGACUGGUGAGCGGGUUUCUCCUGAUAUUAAUGAAACUAAUACUGAUACAGAUUUAUUUGUGCCAACAUCCUCUUCAUCACAGUUGCCUGUUACGAUAGAUAGUACAGGUAUAUUACAACAAAACACAAAUAGCUUGACUACAUCUAGUGGGCAAGUUCAUUCUUCAGAUCUUCAGGGAAAUUAUAUCCAGUCGCCUGUUUCUGAAGAGACACAGGCACAGAAUAUUCAGGUUUCUACAGCACAGCCUGUUGUACAGCAUCUACAACUUCAAGAGUCUCAGCAGCCAACCAGUCAAGCCCAAAUUGUGCAAGGUAUUACACCACAGACAAUCCAUGGUGUGCAAGCCAGUGGUCAAAAUAUAUCACAACAGGCUUUGCAAAAUCUUCAAUUGCAGCUGAAUCCUGGAACCUUUUUAAUUCAGGCACAGACAGUGACCCCUUCUGGACAGGUAACUUGGCAAACGUUUCAAGUACAAGGGGUCCAGAACUUGCAGAAUUUGCAAAUACAGAAUACUGCUGCCCAACAAAUAACUUUGACGCCUGUUCAAACCCUCACACUUGGUCAAGUUGCGGCAGGUGGAGCCUUCACUUCAACUCCAGUUAGUCUAAGCACUGGUCAGUUGCCAAAUCUACAAACAGUUACAGUAAACUCUAUAGAUUCUACUGGUAUACAGCUACAUCCAGGAGAGAAUGCUGACAGUCCUGCAGAUAUUAGGAUCAAGGAAGAAGAACCUGAUCCUGAAGAGUGGCAGCUCAGUGGUGAUUCUACCUUGAAUACCAAUGACCUAACACACUUAAGAGUACAGGUGGUAGAUGAAGAAGGGGACCAACAACAUCAAGAAGGAAAAAGACUUCGGAGGGUAGCUUGCACCUGUCCCAACUGUAAAGAAGGUGGUGGAAGAGGUACCAAUCUUGGGAAAAAGAAGCAACACAUUUGUCAUAUACCAGGAUGUGGUAAAGUCUAUGGGAAGACCUCACAUCUGAGAGCUCAUCUGCGUUGGCAUUCUGGAGAACGUCCUUUUGUUUGUAACUGGAUGUACUGUGGUAAAAGAUUUACUCGAAGUGAUGAAUUACAGAGGCACAGAAGAACACAUACAGGUGAGAAGAAAUUUGUUUGUCCAGAAUGUUCAAAACGCUUUAUGAGAAGUGACCACCUUGCCAAACAUAUUAAAACACACCAGAAUAAAAAAGGUAUUCACUCUAGCAGUACAGUGCUGGCAUCUGUGGAAGCUGCGCGAGAUGAUACUUUGAUUACUGCAGGAGGAACAACGCUUAUCCUUGCAAAUAUUCAACAAGGUUCUGUUUCAGGGAUAGGAACUGUUAAUACUUCCGCCACCAGCAAUCAAGAUAUCCUUACCAACACUGAAAUACCUUUACAGCUUGUCACAGUUUCUGGAAAUGAGACAAUGGAGUAAAUAUUACACAAAUACUUAUUCAUUGUGGUUAUUUUUAUACAGUAGUGAGAAGAAUAUUGUUCCUAAGUUCUUAGAUAUCUUUUUAUUGAUGUGCAAAAAUUUUUGGAUUGACAGUAACUUGGUUAUACAUGACACUGAAAUGCCUUACUUUGUAUGAUAUUCCAUAGUAUAUUAAAAAUGGUAAAAUUGCAUGGGUUUUGUAGGUACUUUUGGAAUCUAGAAGAAAUGAAAUUUUACCAAGUUAUAUAAAGAGAAAAUUGAAUUUAACAAUGCGAAUGGUAGUCUAACCAAAUGCAUCAAUCCUGUGUGGUUUAGUGUAAAAAUGAGAACAUGUUGGUAUUUAUCUAUUGUAAGAUAAAAAAGCUGGUGGGUGAAAGAAAUCAUGUUAUGAUAAAAAAUUUUGUAAUUUUCUUGAUGACUGGAAUUUUUAUUAUGCAUAACUGACAAAUCAAGUUUCCAAGCAAAUGUUACAUAGUGUAGGCUUUACUUAGCUUAUCAAUUUGUCAUUUUGAAGCUAAUUAUUUUAAUUAGGUUAACUAUGUACAAUAUUUUAAGCAUUACUCUUGUAAGAUUUUGAAAACUACAUUUUAACAUGGAACUCUAGGGAUAGUCACCUUUUAAAUCCUGUUGAAAAGCCAUGUUUAAGAUUUAAUUUGCCAAAAUAAUGUCUUGUUAAUAUUCUUUCAAUAACGAAGUUGGGCAAUAUAACCAAUGUUUAAAAAAGUUUAAAAUGUAUAAGUUGAGGCAUUUGGGUGGUAAGAGAAUGUUAUAGUGAAUUAUCCCUUUCCUUGACUAUUGGAGGACCAAAAAAAAUAAGGUGUAUUGCGUCUUAGCAGUGAUUUUUAUCCAAUCUUGUUUCCAAAAACCAUGUCUCCCAGGGCCUUAAAAGCCAUCAUGUAAAUUACCAGUAAAGUAUAACAUAUGCAAACAUAACAAAAUCACUUCCAUAGUGACGAUACUCCAACCAUAUGGAUAUUAGUCAUAGAAGAACUAGAGGUUUUAUGAUAUUUUUUUAAGUCUUUUUUUUUUGUCUAGGUAGUCAGUCUGCACUUAAAUAUCAAUCAUUUUCCUUUUUUGCUUCUUCCCUUAAAAUUUAUAUGUAUCCAGUACAUUUAAUUGAGAAACGUAUGUUUUUUAUUAUGCUGUAUUUUCUUUUUAUUUUUUAAUUAUUGUUUAUAUUUUCAAUUUAAAAAUGUACAAAAUAAAGUUACAUUGCUGGUCUUGUAAGAGCUAUACAAUUUUCCUAAAUGUAUACCUGUAACUGCAGCAGUUCACCUAUUUCAAAAAUUUGGAAUUCUGUUCAUUUGUUAUUCUUAAGACCACCUCAAAUUUAAAGGCUACCUUAUUGUACGUUUAAAGUGUAUUAUAACAGUGUGGUAGUUAAUAAAACACUAUUUUUUUUUCUUUUGA